AUGGAGUACCUUUCAAGGAGAUUAGACCAGUUAAAGAAUGACAGGUUAUUUAGAUAUCAUCCAAAGUGUGGUAAUCUCAAAAUAUCUCAUCUAAUAUUUGCGGAUGACCUUUUGCUAUUUGCUAAAGGGGACUUAUAUUCAGUUCAAAAGUUAUAUCAAUGUGGCAGGGAUUUUAGUAACACCACAGGGCUGGAAGCUAAUCUGGACAAAUGCUCUAUAUAUUAUGGUGGGGUGAAUGAUUCAGUCAAAGCAGAUAUAAGUAGCUUUCUGGGCUUUACUGAAGGCACAAUACCUUUCAGAUAUCUGGGAGUUCCCCUCAUUAGUAAAAGACUUACAUAUGUUGAUUGCAAUCCACUCAUUGAUAAAAUACUGGGCACUUUCAGAAGUGGUUAG